GGUGAAUUAAAAUGGAUACUAUUGGGUUUAGAAAUUGUGUUGUCUGUUGUCAAAAGGUGAAGUGACCGAAACAGGUGUGUUUCAUGAAUGAAUUUAGUUUGAUUGUAAAUAAGUGUUUGUGAUUAGAAUCUACCAAUUCAAGUUAACCAAUAAAUUCAUUCAAAGUAUCUGGAAUAUCCCUCAAAGUAAGUAGCAUUCCUUUGAUGAAAAUGAACCCUGAGGCCAUUAGGCGUAGAUGUUCUUGAAGUAGUUUGUCCAGAUGUAUACAUAACAUAAUUUGGUUCUUUCAGUACGUGUUUGUGUCUACAGUCUACACCUGUUUUAUAAGAAAUUCCUGCAGUUCGUGUGUUAACGUUGACACUUGUCACAGAUUCCGUAAAUCCUGUUUUAGAAAAAGUACUUAGCGGUAUGAAGUGGUGAUUAGGAAUUUGACGAAAGUUGAAUUUAUCAUCUUAUCGUGUUACCUCCAAGUGAAUUACACAAAGUGUAUUCUUCAAGUAGAAAUUGUUUCAUACAAUUCAAAAAUGCUGUUUGCGCAUUACCAAGAUUUGCAGUCUCAAACUGUACGACAAGCAGCUAAUCGCUUAGUUUCCAACUUAGUUCUUCCGCCUCCACAAAAAGAAUGAAAAUGCUUCAUAUCAGUGUCUUUCAAUUGUAAUCAGUGCUGUGCUUCGAUCAUAUCGUCAUCCAGUCACAAUGUAGAAAUACUUCGACGAAAAUGAAAACAGACAAUCGGCUUUUUUUAGGCAGAGUAGUGUUAGCUAUGAUGAUGUCAUACCAGUGUGAAAUAUUGGGUACUGGUACCUAGAAACCAAUUUUAUAAUUAGCACUAUGAAAGACUAAUAAAGGCUUCUAUUUAGUAAUGUAAGGAGGACAUAAAGUGAAUUUUUCUAACUUUCUUCAAAAAAAUUUUUGAGUACAAAAGCAAAAAUGUCGUUCCUCAGCAACCUGAAAAAGGUUCUCCAUAUCGGGAACAAUGAUUCCAAAAAGAAGAAAGUCUUCAACAACAUCAAAAUGGAUUGUGAUCCAGAGGAGUUUUGGGAGAUGAUAGGAGAACUGGGCGAUGGAGCAUUUGGAAAAGUCUACAAGGCACAAAAUCGAACAACCAAAUAUCUAGCUGCUGCAAAAAUGUGUGCGUUGGAGGGUGAAGAUGACCUGUCAGACUUCAUGAUUGAAAUUGACAUCCUCUCCGAAUGUAAACACGAGAACAUCGUUCAACUUCAUGAAGCCUUUUUCACCAAUGGAAAACUCUGGAUGUUGAUAGAAUACUGUGACGGAGGUGCGCUGGAUUCAAUAAUGGUUGAGCUGGAGAAGCCACUGACCGAGCCGCAAAUCGCGUACGUCUGCUGCCACAUGUGUCGGGGUCUCAGCUUCCUUCACGACAACAAAGUCAUCCAUCGCGAUCUGAAAGCCGGCAACGUCCUCUUAACGAUGAGUGGAGGUGUCAAACUAGCGGAUUUUGGCGUAUCUGCUAAGAACAAAUCGACACUGCAGAAGCACGACACUUUCAUUGGGACGCCAUAUUGGAUGGCGCCAGAAGUCGUCCUCUGUGAAACCUUCCGUGAUAACCCCUAUGAUUUUAAGGUGGAUAUAUGGUCGUUAGGUAUUACGUUAAUUGAGUUUGCGCAAAUGGAGCCACCGAACCACGAGAUGUCUCCAAUGCGUGUUCUUCUGAAGAUUCAGAAAUCGGAUCCUCCGAAACUGGAACAGCCCUCGAAGUGGACGAAGGAGUUCAACGAGUUCAUCGCCAAGGCACUGGUCAAGGACCCAGCUCAGAGGCCCACUGCCCAACAAUUGCUCAACGUAAUCAUAACUUACUUAUUCAUUCAUCAAACACAAAUCAUAUUCAUGAUUAGGAAAGGAUCAACAAUCAAACGCAAAUCAUAUGUAUCAUUAAGAAAGGAUUAACAUGCUUAGCCCAAA